AUGGUCAACGUUGCCAUUGCCGGAGGUUCGAGAAGCAUUGGCAGCGCUAUUGUAGCUGCGCUCCACGCAGAUGGGUCGCACAAAUGUGUCAUCUUGAGCCGCACGGAGAGUGAUGACCCAAGGGUGAUUACGGUGGACUACUCGGACAUUCGAAACUUGGCAGAAACGCUUGACGUGCAUGAAAUUCAUACCGUCAUCUCCGCCCUUUCUCUUCAGAGUGACGCGAGUGGACGGGCCCAGAUGAAUCUCAUCGAGGCUGCUAUACGGUCACAACACACGAAGCGCUUCAUGCCAAGUGAAUUCGGCGCAAAUUAUACGCAGAAAUUCAUCAAAGGUCUUCCCCUAUAUGCCUGGAAACUCAAAGCUGCGGAUCUUCUUGAGGAAUCCAACCUCGAGUAUACACGCAUUUCGAACGGCAUCUUCCUCGAUUACUGGUUUGCGCCACACAUCAAAUCCGCCUUUGCGGUCAACGUGCCCACGUGGGUUGACGUCGAGAACAACUAUGCCGUGAUUCCUGGGGACGGCAAUGCCCCAUUGGUCGUGACGCAUUCUCGAGAUAUUGCGCGAUUCGUGGUGGCGGUUCUUGGGUUACCUCGUUGGGAAAAGCAAUACUUCCUCGUCGGAGACCGACUGACGAUAAACGACUUUGUUCGCCUCGCUGAGGAGGUUAAGGGUGUCGAGUUUGAGAAGCACACUAACGAUGCUGAGAAUUUGGCUCAAGGGGGAUGCACGUUUGUUCCCGCCGCACGAGGGCUACUUCAAGCGCUGGAAGUUGAAGAUCAGUUAUCCAUGGGGCGGAUGCUUGCAUUCAUUGGAACUUUGAUUGUUGAUGGGGACAUGGACUUGCCGGCGGAGCCAAACCUCAACAAGGCGUUUCCAGAUCUCAAGACGCUCACUGUCCGAGAAGCGCUAGAGAUUUCUUUUGGAAAAGGAGGCUGA